GAUGACGCAGCAGCUGAAAUGGGCCGAUAAGCAACCCGCGUGAAGGGGACUGUGAAUCAAAAGAUCCUUGGAUCGUAAGCAAAGCUUACGCGGCGUUCGUAAUUCGACCAGCGUAAUAGCAGAGUAGAGAACACUGCCGAAAAACUUGGGAGGCAUGCUCUUCUUGUUGUCUGAUGAUUCCGAUACCCUGCCUUCUAUGAUUAUUCUCUGAUUUCCCUAAAAUUUGACUUUAUAAUUAAGGGGAAGAUAGGGUUCUCGAUCCCCUAAAAAAAAUCAGUUUUUUUGGUAUAAAUAGAGGGAAUUAGAAUCAGGGAUUUUUGUUUCUUUGAAUCUGUUUUUUGGUUUUCUUCGUGUUGUUGGAAUUAGGGGUUGGUGUAAGUAUAGUACCGGUUGUUUGAUCAUGUCGAUGCUGGACGCUUUCUUCAACAAAGGGUUUAAAGCAGCAAAAUGUAAAACAAUGCUGAAACUUACAAUGCCACGCAUAAAGCUGCUGAGAAACAGGAGAGAGAUCCAGAUAAAGCAGAUGCGAAGAGACAUUGCCAAGCUUCUUGAGACUGGUCAAGAAGCUACUGCUCGUAUUCGGGUUGAGCAUAUUAUAAGGGAAGAGAAUAUGAUGGCUGCACAGGAGAUACUCGAGCUGUUCUGUGAGCUUAUUUCUGUCCGGCUUCCCAUCAUUGAAACUCAAAGGGAAUGUCCUCUAGACUUGAAAGAAGCAAUAUCCAGUGUAUGUUUUGCUGCACCAAGGUGUGCAGAUCUACCAGAAUUGCUGCAGGUUCAAAUGCUAUUUGUUGGCAAAUAUGGGAAGGAAUUUGUAUCAGCUGCGACUGAACUGAUGCCAGAUUGUGGGGUUAAUCGCCAGUUAAUUGAACUGUUAUCAAUCCGUGCCCCUGCACCUGAUGUGAAACUGAAGCUACUGAAAGAAAUUGCAGAAGAGCAUGAGUUAGAUUGGGAUCCAGCUGCCUCCGAAACUGAGUUUUUCAAGCCACAUGAGGACUUGCUGAAUGGCCCAACCCAGUUCAGUGGAUCAAAAUUGCCACUUCCCAAAGAGAAACAUGAUGAAUUGUUGUACUCUGCUCCAGAUCAAGCCUCUGCUGGACAGAAGGAUUCUGAUACAGGAUUUGACCCAUUAGAAUUCCCUGAAGUUCCCAAGGUAACUUUACAACCAAGCACAGAUGCUAGCUCAGUAGCUGAAAGUGUUCGACCUUCAAUCCCAACUGCCCCACCUCCUGAAGUUGGUGAAGAAUCUGCAGAAAGUUCUGAAGCUACUGAACGACCACCACCUGAGCUGCCCUCAAGACCUGAGUUGGUGCAUGAAAGAUCUGAUGUUGCAGUUGGAUCCAUGGAGAACAAACAAUUUGUUCCAUUCAUUUCUCCCCCAUCGCCAUCUCCUGUGCCACUCUCUGUGAGCCAAAGUAAUCUGCCACCCUCCCUCUCAAGGACCAAAAGUGAGGCAAGUGUGGAUUUGCAGGAUGUAUUGGCUGCUGCCCAUGCUGCUGCUGAAAGUGCUGAUCGCGCAGCUGCAGCAGCUCGCUCAGCAGCUAGCCUUGCAGAGGUCAGAAUCACUGAACUUAUCAAGAAGAAGAAUGACUCGGUCUCUGAUAGUGUCUGUGAGAACCCAUUUCAUGGAGAAAGUGCCAAUCAAUCCAUUGAUAAAGAGAAGUCACACAUGGAUCAACAAGACUCCUUAGGUGGAUGGGAUGGUGUCUCAGAUACUCCAGCCUCCCACCAAGUUCAUGAAAAUGACCAAAGGCCAGAAUCUUCAAAUCAUCCUUCAUAUGACACAACCAAUAAUGCGAUAUUUGAUUUGCCUCUACCCAGUGAUGGCGCAACUGAACAUGGGUCCACUCAUCACCAGCCUCAGAGGCUAACUUCAAUGGAGGAUGAGUACUUCUCAUACCCAAACUUGUUUAGAUCUCAGGACUCAAAUCUUGGAUCAGGCGUUCAUUCUUUUACAGAAAAUACCCGAUCCACCCAUGAGCUCUAAGCUGGACAAUGUAUCAGCUGUGCUUUGGCUCUUCUUUUUCCUAGUUGGUGAGUGAAUUAAAGUGUGUACAAGGUGCCAUAUUCAACUUCCUCCCGCAAAACCUUUCUUACGGGCCUCCAAUUUAUGUGAAAUAUAUGUAUGUUGCAUCAAGACUAUCCAGACUGCUUAGAUAUUAAGUAAGUCAUUCUCUCCGUCCUGUUUGUGUGAAGAUAAUUUGGAAAUUGUAUGUAUAAAAACUUUACUGCAGGAAAUAAAGAUUUUUGUUUUUU